UUUUCCGCGUAACACCGGAAGGGGAAGAAAUGUCCUUCUACUGCAGGACGAACACGAGACUGUUAUGUCUGCUAUGAUGAUGUGACCGAGCCAAAUGAACGAGCUGUAGUUGUGUUGUAUGAUAAUUGUAAAUAAUAAAAAUGACAGCACUGACUUAUAGGUUUAUUAAGCUAGCUGAUGGUUUGCUAAGAGAAGCACCAGUAACCGUUUACCGAGUUGGAGCAGCGCUGAAGAGCAGACCCCCUGUCAUUCAGUGUAUAAGAGCGCAUCGAACAAACACCUGGUGGGACGAGCACCUCACAGAAGAUAAUGCUUCCUUCCUAAAGAAGGCUGUUACAGAGGAAUACAAACAACAGACCACAGACAAACUCAAUCCUCUCAAGGAUGAGCCCUGGCCCAGACAUGAGUGGGCAGAAGGUGGUCGGAGAGUCGGUCUUGUGGCCGUAAAACUUGGAAUGAUGCCUGUGUGGACCAAAUCUGGAGAGAGACACGUAGUGACAAUGCUGCAGGUGCAAGACUGUCAUGUUGUGAAACAUCUACCCAAGGAAGAGUAUAACGGACGCACAGCAGCCCUGAUUGUGGGAGGAAAAAACGUCUCUCCAUUUCAUAGGCCAGAGGGAUAUUUAGAGGUUUUCCGGAAUGCAGGAGUUCCUCCUAAACAGAAACUCACCACGUUUUGUGUGUCGGACAACGCCAUCAUCAAACCAGGCACUCCUCUCUAUGCAGCUCACUUCCGUCCAGGACAAUAUGUGGAUGUCACAGCAAAAACAAUUGGUAAAGGUUUUCAGGGAGUGAUGAAGCGCUGGGGGUUCAAAGGUCAGCCAGCUUCCCAUGGACAAACUAAAACACACAGGAGGCCAGGCUCUCUGGGGCCGGGAGGGGUCAGUUUUUUUAUUUCUGUACUUAUAGAGUGUCACUCUUAAUGCCAGCGGGGUUUG